AUGGAUCCACGCCCUGGAAGCAGUAACCUCCACACUCCAUCAGAAGUUUCUUCUUAUUUGGAUAGUGGGAGACCUGUAGAUGAACAAGGUGUUGAAGAUGCCUUUGAGCUUCUCCAUGAAGUGAAUGAACGUGUCAGAACUGGUAUAUGGGUUGGGGAUUGUUUCAUUUACAACAAUUCCUCCUGGAGGCUUAAUUACUGUGUUGGUGGUGAGGUAACCACAAUGUUUCAUUUGGAUCGGCCCAUGUAUUUGUUGGGCUAUCUUGCUAGUCAAAGUAGGGUUUAUCUGAUUGACAAAGAAUUCAAUGUUAUGGGGUACACAUUACUUGUUAGCUUGAUUGAGUACAAGACUCUUGUGAUGCGUGGGGAUCUGGAAAGGGCCAGUGAAGUCUUGCCUUCAAUUCCUAAAGAGCAUCAUAAUAGUGUGGCUCGUUUCUUGGAAUCACGUGGAAUGAUAGAGGAUGCUCUUGAAGUAGCUACAGACCCUGAUUACAGAUUUGAGCUAGCCAUACAGCUUGGUAGAUUAGAGGUUGCAAAGGGUAUUGCGUCAGAAGUGCAGAGUGAGUCUAAAUGGAAGCAGUUGGGAGAAUUAGCUAUGUCCAGUGGAAAGUUAGAUAUGGCCGAGGAAUGUUUAAAGCGUGCAAUGGACUUGAGUGGGUUGUUACUGCUCUAUUCUUCUUUAGGUGAUGCUGAGGGGAUAUCACAACUUGCAUCACUUGCUAAAGAGCAGGGGAAGAACAAUGUUGCAUUCCUUUGCUUAUUCAUGUUGGGUAAAUUGGAAGAGUGCCUUGAGCUUUUGUUGGAAAGCAACCGGAUACCUGAGGCGGCCUUGAUGGCACGAUCUUAUCUUCCAAGCAAGGUCUCAGAGAUAGUUGCAAUUUGGAGAAAAGACCUAAAUAAGGUUAAUCCAAAAGCUGCUGAAUCUUUAGCUGAUCCCGAGGAGUAUCCUAAUUUGUUUGAAGAUUGGCAAGUCGCUCUUUCUGUUGAAUCCAAAGUCACAGAGUCAAGGGGUGUUUAUCCUCCUGCAGAAGAAUAUAUAAACCAUGCCGACAGAUCACAUCUUACACUUGUGGAGGCUUUCAGAAACAUGCAAGUAGAUGAUGAGGAACCCCUUGAAAAUGGAGAUGCAGAUCAUGAGAAUGGAGAAGAACAGAAUGCAGAGGAGCUGAAUGCAGAGGAACUGGAUGCAGAGGAACAAAAUGGAGAAGAAGAGAGCCAAGAGGAGGCUGUCGUAGUGGAUGCAGAUUCAACAGAUGGUGCAGUACUCGUUAAUGGUAACGAGGCUGAACAAGAGUGGGUGCUUACGCCACAUCAGUAGGUUCCAGCUGUAUGGAUCUCUUAUAUAAAGGUUUCCUGGAGAAGGCUAUCAAGAAAUGAAUGUAGGAACUUGUUUCUGUUAUCGGACGGUGUGGCAUGGUAGUGCAUUGAAUUUUGUCAUUGGGCACAUAGUAUAAAAUGUUUCUUAGCUUCAGUUAAUCGUUUUUUUUACUCUCUUUUUUAGCAUAUUCUGAGGUCUUACCCUCAAAAUUUUUUGUGCCAUUGUGAAUGUAGAAAGAACUGAAGUAAUGAUUACUACUGAGAUUUUAUUUUUUUCUUUUCAUUGUUCAAAUUCUAGAUGUUUUGGGUUCCCUUGUUUGUUGUGGGAAUCCUCUUAUUAUAUACUCAUGUUGAACUGGAAACAUGCGGUACAGAAAAAUAAUUUCUUAUAUUAUAUGCAAGCUUUUAUCUAAGUGGU